AUGUCCCCCGUCUCCGCGGACGACAGCGAAUGGUCUGGUAUUGGCCAAUACCAGCUUGGGCUGAAGCCGGAUCCCCCAAUGUCUCCGACAGUACCACAGAGCCGUGGGAAUCUUGCGACGCCUCCAAGUUCUGGGACUCCCACUCCAACUAGCUCCCUAGGCUUAAAUGGGAUGCCUCCUCGACGACCUGGCGAUGCCGGAAACCCAUCUCCCCCCAACUCCGUCGCUGCCAGAUCCAGCGUGGGAACUUUGUCAGACCAGCACGGCACACGAUAUCGCAGAAUGGAAGAAUCGCUAGCCCAGCAUUACAACGCCCUUCGCCGGUUUUUGGGAAACCCCCAUUCAAGUGAAAGGGCCGCAAUGAAGACGAAUAAAGCACGUGAUAAACUAUUGCGGCUAUCCCCGACUCAGUUUCACGAAUUGAGUACCGACGUCUUCGAUGAGCUGAUUCGUCGACAGCAAGCUGCCGGCGGUCCAGGACGACCUCCACGGACUGAUAUUCCGCCCUCACUACCUCCGCGUCAAGACUUUCAUGAGAAACGCAACCAAGCUCGCCAAAAGCUCGCUUCGCUACAGAUAGCUCGUUUUCGUGAUUUAGCCACCGACGUUUUUUGUGAGCUGGAACGACGGUUCCCUCAGUUUGCUGGUCCGGAUUUGCCGCGUGUGGGAAGUCCUGCUGGUAGUCCCAAUGGCGAUGAGAAUGCGCCAUUGCCGAAAUCAUUCCAGAGUAACACAAUCGUGCCCAAUAAGAGUACGCUCGUGGAGGACGACGACGAUGAUGCAGGCUUGGAUGAUGAUUACGAUGGACGCAGCGAUGCCUUUGGGCUAGACUCUUUACAAAGUCGCAGAGAGACAACGGCGACCUUGGCAGAUAAAAAGCUCUUAGCGGACAGUCAGGCUCAAGUCUCCACAUUGCAAGACCGUAUUGACGAACUAGAAACGCUUAUGAAGAGCAAAGAUGAGGAAAUUUCUCGUUUGCAGGAUGAUCACGAGAAAUCACAGAUCAGCAAUAACGAACGUGAGGAAUGGGAAAGCCUAAAGGCUGAGCUGGAAAGCAAAUUUACGGACGUGGAAAAUGCAAACACAUAUCUGCAAAACAAAAUAGAUGAAAUGCAGCAAGAUCACUCUGAAAGGGAACGCGAGUUACGGGAACAAAUCGAGGCCACUCAUGCUACUGCUGCCGCCGCUGCUGGUAUUGGUGCAGAUGCCGAGCUCCAGCAACGGUAUGAUGAGUUAGAGGCACGACACGAAAGCUUACAACUCGAGCUCCAGGAACAUCAAAACAUGACUGAAGAGGUACGACGGGAUGCCAGUAACUUCUUAAAGGAGAUGAGAGCAAUGUCUGAACGAAGCAAUGCUACUUGGGAACGUGAAGAACAAUUAUCUCGCGAUGUCAACCGGCUCGAGGAAGAAGUCAAAGAAUGGAAGAGUCGGUAUGUCAGGGCAAAAACUCAAUUGCGACACUUGCGUACGUCCACUGUGGGCGUUCCUGAUAUAGCCGAUACUGGCAUUAUCGCGAGGGAGAAUGAGCUUUUGCAACCGAAUGGAUUGGUCAAGGAUGCGCAUGUGACCAGGUUUCAAAUGUCAAUCGAUGAGCUAUUGCGCUCAGCUCGCUCGGGCGAGCCCGGUCUUGUCCUCGAACAGAUGAAAGUGGUUGUCGUGGCUGUGCGACAUAUCAUGAAUGACACAGAAGCUGUACAAAACGUAGAGGAGGAGAUGUCUCCUGCUCAGAAGCGAGCCAGAGCGAAAUUAUCGGCCACUGCAAACAACCUCAUCACGGCAUCCAAGAACUUUACUGGCUCCAAUGGCCUUCUACCCGUCUCGCUACUUGAUGCGGCAGCAUCUCAUUUAAGUACGGCUGUUAUUGAGCUCCUCCGCUUGGUCAAGAUCUGCGCUAGUCCCGAGGAAGAUUUCGAAGGUGAAGACGAUGACAAUAUUGCGCCGAUGCAAUCACCUGGUUAUUUCAGCGUGGCAGCUAGUCAAAGCCGAUUGAGCAACCAUGAGUCAGUAUACAGUGCAAUCAGCAGUCCAUCAGCCAGGUCGCGAAGCAUAGCUCACUCGCGGCGCACCAUGUCUCGUAGCGGCAUCCCCCUUACCGCUGGUGGCAAGGCAGGAUACGGGGCAGUACGGCCGCAAGACCGUGAGCUGGAAGAACUGAAGCUCUAUCUCGAGGACCAGACCCAAGGCCUUGUCCAAACAAUCCAAGCCCUAGUAGCCAGCAUCCGCGGCGCUGAGCACAUCUCAUCGAUCCGCAAUCAUAUUGGCGCCAUAUCGAUCGUGGUAGGCAAUGUGGUCUCGUCAACAGACAAUGCCAUGAACAAAGCCGCCGAGAUCAGCCCAGCUGUCCGCGAGCGACUUGGCCCGGUUGUACAGAAUCUAGCUGACUGCUCUGACCGUCUGUCUCUCACAGCUGCCGAGGGUGAAGACAUGGAAGACAGUCCCGAGCAACUACGUGACUUGACAAGCAAACUACCUCCUAUCGCAUUUGAAAUUGCGCGAGAGACAAAGGAACUUGUCCAACGCAUCGACCAGCUUGAACUGGAUGAAGGGAAUGACGAUUUUCGAUAA